AUGCCUGCUAUCGAGUUUGCCAGUUCCGUGGGGAGCUCACUGCACCAUCUUGUGUCGGGCUCUUACACCAACACAACCCUCUUCCUCCUCGCCUUUGAUACGCUGGCAAAGACUCUCACCCUCAACUCUACAGUCCCUGGCUUUGGGCUUCAUCAGUUCGUCACCAGCAAUGCUGCCAAGAACCGUGUCUACCCUACUGCCAUGAGCGAGCCCCCUCAGCUGUUUGCGUGGUCAGUCGAUGAGCAGUACAAGUUCACCCACCUUGAUACCGUCAAUAUCACUUCUUCAUCUUGUUACUUCUCCGAUGACGGCAACUUGGCCUUUUCAUCUGGUGGUUCCACUGCCGCGAUCCACGCCCUUACAGAGGAUGGUGGUAUUGGCGAACAGGUUGAUGAGGUCUACAUGGUUCCUGAAGAAGAGAUCAAGAAUGUCAACAAGACAAGAGCGGCUGUGCUUUACGGCGCUCAUGCUUUCGACAUCAAUGUGAACCGAAAGGGAUUUGUCCCUUACUUGGGCACAAACUCCAUCUUUAUGUACGACAUCGCGGAAAACGGUACUGCUACACCUCUGUCAAUCAAUCUCAGCCCUACUGAGGGCGAUGGCCCUCGAAACUCUUAUCCCAGUAAGGAUGGAAAGCUUCUCUACGUGAUGACCGAGCAUAACCAAUGGCUUGAUGUUUAUAGAAUUCUGGAUACCCGUCUUGAGCAUGUCCAGCGAGGAAGUGCCAUCCCCGAUGAAAUGCGAGGAGCCUACACAUUUCGCAGCAACACCGUCCAGAUGUCUCGUGACGGCAAAUAUCUUUUCACCAGUACCCGCAGCUGGAACAACACCGAAGCAAACGGAUACGUAGCAGCGUUCGCUUUGAACGACGAAGGAUUGCUCAAAUCUGAGAAGGCCGUGACUUUCUACGAGGCACCCGUGACUCUUGGCUCAGCUGGUGGCCUGCGAGUUGCUCCCUGGGAGGAUGAGUCAAACAAGGACCCUAAUGUUAUCACUGAUUAUAUGUACCUCACUGAUACUUCCGAAGGCUGGAUCUUUAUCUUGGGUUGGAUUCCUUCGAACCACACUCUCGAUGUUGUGGCUUCGCUGCACUACCCUGACAACACCACACCUUAUGAAGCCACCUGGCUCGACUAA